GCCCAGGACCCCGUAGCAGGAUCGAGCCGCCCUCGGCAAGAUGGGAGACCCCUUCGGCCGCUGGAGCAAUCCCCCGUCCCGGAGUGAAUAUGACAACAGCUCCCUGCUCCGACGGUCCAACAGCUUUGCCCGCCCCAGCGGAAAAAGCAUCUACAACCAGCGCAAGGACUACGGCCAGAUCCUGCUCAAGCCCCAGAGCGAUUUCCAGCACCACGUUGAGCACCUGCUCACGGUGCGCCUGGAGAGGGACAUCCGCAGCACCGAUGACUGCCUGGCACGCCUGAAGGUGCUGGAGGCUCAGGGACGGGUCUGGGGGCAGGAUCUCAUCCUGCAAGUCAAGGACCAGGAAUUGAUGCUGAGGGAUGUGGAGAGCAAGGAGGAGCUGGAGGCUUACCCACUGGGCAGCGUGCAGGGGUGCUCAGCCGUGCCGGACAUCUGCGGCUACAGCUCGGUGUUGGCCAUCAGCGUGCAGGAGCAGAGCCCCCCGGGGACUAGCGUCCUGCUCUUCCACUGCGAGCAUCUGGGGGCAGACGUCCUGAAGAGCAGCCUGGAGAAGCUGGUGAAGCAGUGGAAGGAGGAGCAGAGGAGUCAGUAUGGGCACAGGAGCAGCCUGGACAUGCCGCAGAGCUCACCCCCCCUGUACGCUCAGGGUCCCUACAAGGCCCCGGAGCGGUGGGCAGAGACCCCCGCGCCCGACUUCCACGCGUCCCCCCAGCGUGGGCUGCCCUCCUCGGACUACAGCUUGCCAGACAGCCAGCAGAUGCCACGGACCAACCCGCCGGACCAGGUCAUGUCCAAUGUGGACCGAGAUGUCGAGGUCCUCAACCACGUGCUGAGCGACCUGGAGCUCUUUGUGGUCCAGCUGAAGACAGCCCUGGGCUUGGUCAGCACCACCAACACGAAGAAGAAGAAGAAGAUGAACAAAAAAGCUCUGCCCUCCAAGGAUGACUACAUGGACUUUUUCCAGAAGGUGAAAUAUGGCCUCAACCUCGUGGGAAGGACCCACCGGCAUGUCCGGGAGCCGGACCCCUCCGAGCUGCUGCAUCUCAUCUUCACAGCUCUCUCCUUCGUCCUGGACCACUGCCCCAGCCCCAGCCUGGCCCCGGCGGUGGAGGCACCGCUGCUGGUGCCGGAGACAGUGGAGCUGCUGGAGAAGACCCUGCACCAGAAUAACUACAGCACCUGGAAGUCCCUGGGCAUGGCCUGGAACAAGAGCAGGGCAGAGUACCCCAACAGCGAGUUGGUGCCCCGCUACAUCCCCGUCUUUUCGGAUGGGUGGCUGCCCCCUCCGAUGGAGCAGUCACCCGUCACCAGCCGGAGGGACAAUCCUGCCCAAGUGGCCCCCCUCCCUGCCCAGGGGCUGGUCCGAGCCCUGUACGAGUUUCAGGGCAGGAACCCGCAGGAGCUGAGCGUCAGGAUGGGGGACACACUGCAGGUCCUGGACCAGCAGAAGAAGUGGUGGCUGGUGCAGGACAGCCGGGGGCAGAAGGGCUACAUCCCCAGCAACAUCCUGGAGCCCCUGGGGCACGGGCACGGCGGGGGGCACGGGCAUGUCGGGGGGCACAGCGCCAGCCAGGACAGCCCCCCCAACCUGCACCCCAACUCCUCGCCAGCGGAGGUGACAGCCUGGCUGAAGGACAAGGGCUUCUCGCGGAUCACGGUGCGGUGCCUGGGGGUGCUGGCGGGGCACCAGCUGCUGCACAUGAGCCCGACAGAGCUGCAAGCCGUCUGCCCCGAGGAGUGGCGGCGAGUCCUCUUCAAGCUCUCCUCCGUCAAGAUGUCCCUGGGGAUGGGCCCCAGGGAUUGAACCACCGUGUCCCCCGCUGUCCCCACCAUGCGCCUCCCAGGAUGGAGCACCCCGGGCACUGCAGGACUGGGGGGGCACGGGGGGGACCCCACAGCCACCAUCCCACCUGGCCCCCCAAGACAGAGAGCCACUCCUUGGGGGUUAGGGGACACGUCCCCCCCAAAGCCACUGAUCACACAAGGCUGCUGGGACCCCCCACCUACUGCACCGAAGGGCUCUUGGGGACCCCCCCCACCCCCAGGGAAAUGCACUGCCAGACCCUCCGUGGGGAAGUGGGGGGCAGGCAGCCCCCCUGGGAGCCGGGCACGGUAAAACCCGUUUGCACUCCACAAAAUGUAAAGCGACUGCUGUAAUAAAUAAAGAGAGUGACAGCA